CAGCUCCGCUCAGUCCUCGGGGUCAGUAUCCUGGAGGCUGUAGUAACGCUGCGCGCGCGCUGUCGACGCACGUGUUAUCUGCGUAUGCGAUUUAAAGUGCUGCUCAUUUAAUGAUUGCAGCGAUGAUCCGACGAGUAUUAUUUUAUACAAUAUUGCUGCAAAUUACAAGAAAUGCACUGGUGCAAUCAGCCAAGCAGCAGGUCCAGCUUUCGGAUUCCUAUCUCCCUGUCGCAAUGCAGGUGAUAGCCCACCUCACGGACCAGAUGGCUUUUGAGGUGAAAGACGAACUAACGCCGCGCCCCACAAAACCCACGACCACCACUCAGAAACCACCAGACGUUACCACACCAUUCCAUAAGCCCGGAUUAUACGCACCGACAUCACCACCCAAACCAUCAGACAGAGUGAAACCAAAAACAUCACACAACAAUUACGUUCUCCUACCCCUUGAAAACAAUUCUCAGUAUACAAUCAUAGAACCACAAGAGAAGAGAACAGAAGAACCGCUACUAGCAGCUCAUAAUGAAGAAGUAAAACCAAUAUUAGAACCUCUGCCAAACGUACCCCAUCAUCUCUUACCUUAUGAGACUGAUUUGAAGGUCUCAAGUCGUUCUGAUGGGUAUGACGAAAUAAAUGAAGAAAGCUUGCAGUACUUAUCACCAAAUGUCAGGGACAUGAUCAGAAUGGCUCACGAUCCUGACGAUGAAAGGCUUGUUGAUGUUUGGGAGGGGUUGAGGGCCAAUCCAGCUGAGGUGUCUACUAAAGGGAAGCUAUCGUCUUCUAACUUGAGACUGCUUCUCUUGUACGAUCUUUUGAGCAGAGACGCGAAAAGACAGAAACUGUCGGAUUACAGUGGUUUCUCACCAGAUGUAAUGAAGACUCUCGUAGACUCAUCAGACGGCGGCGCCAGGGCUCAACUGAGCCUGGCCUUGUCAAAGAUGGUGGAACGACACGAUUGCGGCCACGAAUACGCCAACAAUCGGGCCAAGGAAAUGGUCGUUGAGUUGGCCAAAGACGAAUCGCUUCUGUCAUCAGAGUUGAGAUAUUUACAGCCUCUUGUUUAUAGAUUCUAAUAUUUAAAGUCUGAAAUGUGCCUUAUAUAACAAU